UUAACGGGUGUGGUGCUGGUUGUCAUGCCACCUGCUCCGAUCCUGAACCUCAGGGUUGUGAGGAUACCUGUAUUGAGGGCUGCUACUGUCCACCAGGAACUGUUCUACAAGACGGACAGUGUAUAGAGUCGUCAGAUUGCCAGUGCAUGUUUGAAGGGAGGUUCCUAGAGAACGGGCAGAGUUGGAACGACACAGUUAAGUGUGAGACGUGCGAGUGUGCGGACGGGGGAGUAAUAGACUGCACUCCUAAAGUGUGUGGUAGUUGUCCGGCUGGACAGGUACCUGUGAGCAGUGUCGGGAGCUGCUGCCCCUUCUGCCUAGCUGACUGGGCCGAUGAGAAGGAGGACACGCUGGAACUGAAUGUAAACAAUGGACCUGCUACUUUGGAGUGUGUUCUCCAUGACGACGUGCUGGUCGCCCCUGACGCUAUAACCUGGAAAUAUAGCAGUGGAGAAGAGAUAACCGCGGAGAACAAACCAGACAACUUCCAGUUCAGCGAGGACAUGCUCACCUUGACUAUAAACCCCGCACAGAUAACUGAUGAGAAUGACUACGUAGCCGAGGUUAUCUAUAACGGAGUUGUGGGCGCCUGUAAGUUCGAUCUGGACGUUAUUCCGGUACCUCCCAAGAACCUGAUAGAGCUGGAGGGAGACUCGCCCAAGACUGUGAAGGAGGGAGAUUGUCAGACUCUUUCGGUGAAUGUUAUUGGGGAUGGGGACUUUUCAGCGGAGGACUUUACUUGGGCAUCUGGGCUGGUGGACACUGCCGUGGACUUCUCUAAUGACAAAUUUACUCUACUUCAGGGAGGCAAAUCUCUCAAGAUCUGUGACGCACAAGAUACAGACGAAGGACCAUACAGAGUGUGUGUGACUGAGGGAGAUAUUACGGACUGUGUGGAUGUAGAGCUACAGGUUCUAGCUGUGUGUGAGGGGGAUCAGGAGAGACUCGAAGGAGAGACGUGGAAGGAGGGGGAUUACACGGAAUGCUCCUGUUCUUCAAUAGGAGAGACAGAGUGCAGCUGUAUUGAACAGGAGGUCACAUGUGAAGCUACCGAGGAGGGGUACUACGACGAGGACUGCCAAUUCUUGUGCUCUAGACUGCCAGGAAACUGUUUGGUGACGGGAGAUCCUCACUACAAGACAUUUGACGGAUACAGGCACGAUUUCCAGGGUGGAAACUGCAGAUUCUCUUUGGUGAAAACAGAAGACUUUGAAGUGGUUGGAACAAACAAGCACAGAGAUGGUAACAAGAAUGUAGCUUGGAAUGACGCUGUUGAAGUCUUCUUCCAAUCUGUAAAACUGUACCUCGGACCGGCGGGAGAGGUUAAAGUAGGGGAUGAAGCAGUGAUCCUACCGUACGAGAAAUCAUUCAGAGGCAAGGGGAAGACCAGGGAAUCCAUUUCUGUUAAACUUGCCGGCAGCACAGUGGUAGUCAAGGUGAUGAAAGCUAACGGAUUAGAAGCUCUGGAUCUGACCUGGGACGGUAACAGCACCGUCUCCUCCUCUAUCCACGGCAAGUACUUCGAGGGAACCUCAGGUCUGUGCGGCUCCUGGGACGAAGAUGAUGGUAAUGAGCAGGGUGGGGCGGAUCUCAACGACUUCGGCUGGGGCAACAAGUAUAAUGACGAGGUGUGCGAGGAAGAACCACAGCCAGAACACCCGUGUGAUGAUACCUUCUUCCCUGGGGCAACUCCAAUAGCUGACCAAGCCUGCGAUGUCCUUGAAGCUGCUCCAUUCGCGGCUUGUCACGCUCUAGUGGACCCGGAAGCCACGAUCCGGAACUGCAAAUACGACACGUGUGCUUGUUAUGAUUCCGCAUGUGCUUGCCACUCUAUUAAAGCAUAUGUUAAGGAGUGCCAGGAGAAGGGAGUCCAGGGUCUGGAGGCUUGGAGAGAUAAGGCUAGCUACUGUCCGCUGACUUGCGAGGAGGGGCUAGUGUACGAGCCGUGCGGAAGCUACUGUCCCCCAACUUGCGGAGACAAGACCCCGGAGUGUGGUAAGAUGGCUGGACAGUGUAACGAGGGCUGCUUCUGUCCUAAAGGAACUUACCUGCUCGGAGGCAAGUGUAUAGCGGCUGAGGAGUGUCAGUGUACUUUUAAUGGAGAAGAGAAGGAGGUGGGAGCCACGUGGGAAAAUGAGAACACGUGUGAGACUUGUCAAUGUGAAGGGCAGGGCGAGGUGAUCUGCGUCAAGACUCUCUGUAGCAAGUGCAAGAAAACGGAAAUGCCGGUGUAUGAAGGAGAUGCCUGCUGUCCGGACUGUGUGGAACAAUGGUUGACAGCCGAACCUGCCGAGUUUACAGAUGUCACUCAGUCCUCUGACCUGAAAAUCAGUUGUCAGAGUCUGGUGACCCCUUCAAGGGUGGACUGGUUCUUCUCCAGCGACGAGGGAGCCACCUGGACCGAGAUAGUGAGGGAGCUCAACCGUUUAGACUACACCAUCAAGGACAUUACAUCUGAUAACGACGGUCAGUACAAAUGUGUGGCAAGGAAGAGAUUCCGGUCUCAGGAAGCUGUUAUCACGGUGAAGACUAAAGAAGCAGCACAAACCUGUAAAGUUGUGGCUCCGGAGAACGGAAUAGCGAUCCCAGCUGGGCCGGAAGUUAACGUCGGGGACACUGUCGCGUACAAGUGUCAGAAGGGAUUCAAGAUAAAAGGAAAGAAAAAAGAGAAGUGCGGAAAGGACGGAGCUAUCUCUGGAAUUGCUGUGUGCAACAAGAAAAAGGGCAAAAAGGACAAAAAGAAGAAGGACAAGAAGGACAAAAAGAAGAAAGACAAAAAGGGCUAAAGAGAUUACACCAUGUAUCGAACCUUCUUAUGCACGGAAAAUGUGUACGAUUGUAAACUGUACUUCAAAACAACUCCAUUCUUAAAUCUGUUUAGUAACAAUUCAAUUUAGUUUUUUCAUUUCUUAAAGGAUUUUAAAAUUAUUUUAUGUUUUCAAUUUCUUGUCAAUCGAUCAAUACAUUUUAUUUUCAGCAUUA